AACGCAGCAUCAGCAUCAGUGAGCGUGCAGAACGAGAGGAUGAACAUUUCAAACCUCUGAGCUCAGUCACACCGGGGAUGAUUAAUUCGUGGACUAAAAAGGUGAAUUCGUAUUUCUGUGCAAUACGGCACGCUUUGCAAUUACUAGAACUGGAUAAUCGCUGGAGGGAAGAGCGAUAAAGAGCAUGUGCAGCGUAAGUGACUAAUCUCUGGACAACAGGGAGGUAUCGUGGCUGGUUUUGCUGGAUGACACCCUACUAAUUCAUGGACAGGAGGUUAUUCGAUUCGUUUGGAUUGUGGGGACAGACUACAUCCUGAACAGCAAGCGUCCUCUUCAAAUAUCCAUCCAAACAAACAGAACAUCUGCCACUCCUCCACAUGUGUUGCUCCAGAGGCUGGGAUCUGGCUAAUAUCUGGAAUCACUGAUCCCUUCAAUAGCACUUCUGUGUCACAGCCUCCUCCUGGGAUCUGGUUAAUCUCUGGAUCAGCGUGCCUGGCAUGUUCUGCUUCUGCCUGCAGAGUUCUCUGCUGAAGCUCCAGGCGCUGGAGGUGGAGGGGGGGCCCUCGCGGGGCUCGUCCCCAGAGGAGAGCCCCCCUGCUCUGGGCAGCAAGGAGCAGAAGAGCCCCUGCAGCCCGGGGGGGCUCGGGGGGAAGACGCUGGCACUCUGCCACAGCACCCCCGCUGACGAAAACAGCCCUCCAGAGCUGCUGCCGGUGCUGCCCAGACCUCCACAGUCUCCCAGACACCAGCCCUUCAGCAGCAUCCACCCGGGCCAGCAGCCCCUCCCCCCCGACGCAGCGCCGCCCCCCAGCCCUCACCACGGCCCCUCCCCGCCGAGGAGCAGCCCUGGAGGGGACGGGGGAGGAGGGGGGGAUCUCCUGCAGCUCCUGGCGGGCGGCCCCAGCCCUCUGCCCUCCCCCCGCUGCUCCAGCCUCACCCACAGCCUGAGGUUCAACUCGGACCCCGAGACGGCACCGUCCCCCCCCUGCAGCCAGCAGUACAUGCAGUGUCGGGGUCUGGAGGACCCGGGCUGCCCCCCCUCCAUCCCGUUCCUCAGCCGACAGAUUCAGACCCUGAAGAAGAAAGUUCGCAGGUUUGAGGAUCACUUUGAGCAGGAAAUGAACUACAAGCCGUCACACAACGAUAAAUAUUCCAACGCAGAGAUGAUCCGGGUGAUGGGCGAGCUGGCGAAGGCUCGCCGACAGCUCAAAGAGAUGAGACUCAGACAGUCUGUGUUCGAGUCGAAGGAGCCGGGCGGUCCAGAGAACUCCUGCAGGUCCGGCUCGUGCCAACAGGGGGCGGCGGAGCACAAGCCCACCCUGGAGGAAACAGUGGAGUCUCUGUUCAGACGCCUGCGAGAGAAGAGACAGGCUCUGGGCCUGCCAGACAAUAUGAAGGACAUGACUCAGGCUCAGAUGGUAUUGGAGAAGAUUACUCUGCAGAAAUGUCUGCUAUACUUUGAGAGUCUGCACGGCCGGCCGGGGAUGAAGCAGGAGAGGGUCCUGGUGAAGCCGCUGUACGACAGAUACCAGAUGAUCAAGCGUUUGCUUUGUGUCAGCCCGACUAUCAGCACCAUCGAGGAAGAGGACGGUUCUGAUGAAGACUCGAUGAGCUCCACGACACUCGAGCGGCCUCCCGUCCCUCCUCCCCGCAGAGCGACCCGCCCGGCCGCCGGCGAGGAGGACAGCGACCGGGACAGCGACACGGCCUUCGUGUCCCCGUUAGUGGAGGUGAAAGCCGUCCAUCGACAGCCUGAUCUCGCCGUGGCCAACCUGCACGAAGCGUCCAGGUCUCAGCUGCUGCAGAGUCUCCGUGAGACGCGUGCGGAGAAGAAGACGAGGCGUAAAGUUCUGAGAGAGUUCGAGGACGAGUUUCACCGUCAGACUGGACGAAUCUGCCAAAAAGAGGAUCGUAGUCCGAUGAAGGAGGAAUACCAGGAAUACAAACAGCUCAAGGCCAAACUCCGUCUGCUGGAGGUCCUGCUGAGUAAACAAGAAGUCCCCAAAACCAUGUGAGAGGAAAUCGAAGCUCAGAAAAUGAUCUAAGAGGAGAAGAUGUCUUUUAAACUAUCCGGUUCAGAGGAGAGGAAGUGGUGCAAGGAUACGCUUUCUCCUUUCCUUUAUUUUUACAUCUUUCAGCUACGUUAGCUGUAGCGCUCGAGAGCGGAUAUUGUCGGUCGCAGUCUGAUUAUUAUUAUUCAGUGGUAGGUAAAAAAUGAAUAAUAAAUCAUUACAGAGUCGAGUAAUAUUAGAGUUUAAAGUCGUUUACUGGGAAAAAAUCACGAAGAAGAAACUGAAAUUAGGCAAAGAAAUUCUGUCUUUUCUUUUCAAAAGUUUGUGAAAUUAAAGUGAAUUUGAGAGAAAACUCAAAAAUCUACCAGAAAGAAACUGAAAAGUUCUCUGCGAAUAAACUCGGAAGGUCACACGAGAAAAGACACACAUUUAGAAAACUUUAAUAUUUUCUGAAAUUAUAAAUUCUGAUUAUUUCUGUCUUUUCUUCUCAAAACUUUGUGACAAUAAACAUUUGUACAUUCCCCAGAACAACAAUCACAAAGUUACGAGAAAAGAAGUCGGCGUAUUCUCUGAUGGUAGAACACGCCUCCGAGUCGUGCCUGUUGCUUUCACUUCACUUUGUGAUGAAGCUAAAACUUUUAUCAUUCAAAACAUUUGGAUUAUGUAAAGGUUUAGGGUCGCAUGUUUUCAUGUCAUAAAAGCCUCUCACGUGUCGGACAUUAACACUUCUCACUACUUCCUCUCCAAACAGAGAAAAGUUUUCUAAAAGCAGACGUCUGUCAGUGACUCGUGUUUACCAGAAGCACAGCUGCAUAUUUCGCUCCGUGUUGUUUGAGUUAACGGACCAAAACCUUUGUUUUGGACUAAAUGUGUGUCGUGGAACUGAAAGCACUUUAAUCUGCCGGGGGGGUUGGGGUUGCAGGACGAAGACUUAAUUUACGAGGUUCAACUAAAACGUUUGGGACGAAGAUGCAAUGUAGAAAUGAUUGUUAGUAUUCUGUACGUGGACAUGUGCUUGAGAUGCAUCUGUGUUUAUAGCAUAGCACAAGUUUAUUUUUAUCAACACGGUGUUUGUGCGUUGGGCUGGAUUUAUAUUAAAUCAGAGACGACGUGCGUCACUUACAGACUCGUGUUCCCGACAUGUUCAGUUUGUUGAGAGACGUCCUCCUUUUUCAAGAGCAACAAAGUGACCGCACUGCGAGCGUCGCUCUGCACGUACGGACGUGAACACGGAGAUCACUCGUCUUCUCUGUAACGAGACAGCUACCUGGAUGUGUCUCUUCUUCUACAUCGUCCCAGUUCUCACCUGGAGUUAGCGCCUCAGUGACCACCUGUGAUCGGUCCCCGCUCUGUUACCAAUCAAACACUUUUCCAAAUGUUCAGACGUCGUGGAAAAAGCCAGCUGGAGAAAGAGGAAGAACCAAAGUCGCUGCUUUGAUGUCGUGGACGCGUCAGGAUGGACUAGCAUUUAGAUUCUAGAUGGAUGGAUGGAUGGAUGGAUGGAUGGAUGGAAGGAUGGAUGGAU